UUGUCAAGAUAAGACGUGUGCACUAGUGACAGUUAACGAAUAAAUACUAUACAAUUCGAGUACGUAAAUAUAAUGUACAGAACAUAUACGUGUGUUUGCCAAAUCUAGUAAUUUUGAGAUAGUGGGCAGUUACAAAUGUAUCCAACCAAAAAAUUUCUAAAUUACAGUUCUAAUUAAGGAAAAAAAAUCUCUAUCAUGGCAUCUUGUACUCAAAUGGCUCUACAGUUGCCUGUUAAAGAACAGGCAAUAGUGCUCGACUAUGUUAAUGGAAUAUCUGUUGAAGAGUACGUAACAGCAAUUGGUCAAAUAAUUGGUCCCAAAAACAUUGAAUUUGUAUCGCCAAUCUCUAAUGAUUUUGUGUAUAUAUUUCUUAAUAGUAAGGAAAUGGUGAACAAGCUCAUAAAUAUUAAUACCGUAAUAAACAUUGGAACACACGUUUUGAAAAUACGUCCAUUAAUUCCAAGAUCAAUACGAAUUAUCUUAUCUAACGUGUGUCCAAUAAUUCCACCCUUUAUUAUAGAAAAGGAGCUCGCCAAAUUGAAUGUCCAACCAAUUUCGCAAAUAAUGUUCAUCAAGCAAAAUAUUGACGAUCCCAAUUACGCUCAUAUAUGUGGCUCGGAUAGAGAGAUGUACAUCCAACUUGAGGAUGGAUCAAAAUUACCAGAAAUACUUGAGAUAAACUAUGAUGAUACAAACUACUCUAUCCUGUUGAUUAUGGAUGAAAUCACGUGUAAAGAAGAACAUACUAAUGAAAACUCCAAAAUAGAAACUCCAACAGAAAAUAUAUUAAAUAUUAAAGAUGAAAAAAAUAAUGAAAAAGAUACCAUGAAUACUCAAAUUAAAAAAAUACAUGAAGAUGUUCCAGUAAGAAAUUCAACUUGGAUUCCUCAACCUAGUACAUCAAAAGCUACUGAAAUUAUACCUUAUCCAAAAAUCUUUACUGAAUCAUUAUCAACGUCGUUAUUCACACAUAAUUUCAAAAAGGGUUCAGAAAUGAAGAAAGAAAGAACUAAGAGAUCAAAACCGAGUAAAAAGGAUAUCUUUCAGCAUUUACAACCAGCUAAAAAUUUUAUUAUAGCCAAUAUGAAAAGAUAUCAUCUCAAUUUUCAAAGUAUCAUAGAAUUAAUAUUUAAUACCUAUAGUUAUUCAAAUUUUGUCUUAAUUGCCCGAAGUUAUACAAAAGACAUCCCCGCACUCAUUGAUUUGCUGUUAAACAUUAAAGAGUUUAUUAGUAACCGACCCUUAAAAAAUCAAAUCGCUAGAAUAAUUAGAGGUCUAAUAAUGACUACCAAUUAAAUUCAAAUUAUUGUUACUACUAGAUAUACGUACAUAUAUAACCAAAUGUAUGAGAAAAAGGAUUAUCCAUACUAUAACUUAAUUCCAAGUAGCCAAUACAGUUUCAAAAUUAGGGAGAUUGUGCACAGUGUAUGUUCGAAUGUUCGAAUGAAUUUCCAAAAUAAGAUUAACAAAUGUAAUUUACACUACAUAUGUAGUUACAUAUAUAUAUAUAUAUAUAUAUAUAUAUAUAUAUAUAUAUAUGUAAUAUAUUCAAAUUAGAACAAAUUUUUACUGAGGUUUCAAACGUUUAAUACAAAAAAAAUAUUUUAAAGAAAAAUAAUAAAAAAAGAACGACCAAUAUUUGAUCGGUCGAUAAAACGAACCAAAAAAUGCAAAAUUUUAUUUGGAACAAUCUUGCUGUACAAAUUAUUUGAUAUCACAAAAAAAAAGAAAGGAAGAGCAAGAAAUUAUUUAGACAUAUCAAACUAUCAAAGAGAUUCCACCCAUGUUGCAAAUGAGCCUCGCCGUAUUCCGGUCGCUUUUAAUUCAGUACUCAAUUUGGAUUAAAAUCCAUAAAAUCCACCAUUACGAACCGAUACAAUGAUUGACCGAUAGCAUUCGAAGAACGCUGAUCGAAAAGGCUAAUGAUCGUAAAAUGUCAAUAAAAUCACGGAAUUUUCUAUUCAUCAUUAUUUCUUUGUUUACUCUUUCUCUUUGGAUCCGAAUUUUCGAUGGUUAUGCAUCGGCACGCGACGAGUAAUUACUAUUAAACGACCUUUCUCUCUCACUCUCACUCUCUCACUCUCUUACUUUCUCACUCUCUCAUGUAAAUGACGCGUGAGGAGUAUAUUUCUUUUGAGGGAAAAAGAUGGACCCAUUGAUUCUGAUCGAUUUCUAUUCAUUUUAAAUUUUCCAAACAAUUCGACGAUCCUAUUCACCUUUUUUCCACCAACGAAAAAGAGAAAGUAUUCCACUGAGCGAAUCAUUUCUGCCAGUCCCUUUCAGUUCAUCCUUUCUUUAUUUUAUUUUUCUUUUCUUUUUUUUUCUUAUUUCUCUUCUUCUUUCCUUUUCUUUUCUUUUUGCUUUUGUUUUCGUUCUUUUUAUUCUGGAAUUCAGGUUCGGACGGUCUAAGGAAAUAUCACGACUGGGUGGUCCGUUUCGGUGGCUACAUUGAGACGUCAGCGGUACGGUAACUCGGCCGAGUUCCUCUCAAGCUAGCGUGCGUUCGUUCCUGCAAAUCGUGCCGACUCUCGAAAGAAGCUUGAAAUAUCAUGCAAGGAAGAAAUCUCUCUUUCUCUCUCCCUCCCCUCUCUCUUUCUUUUUUGAAGAAAGAAGCAAACACUACCAUUAUCGAUCCCGCGCCAACGACGUUUACGUUGCCGAAAAUCAAGAUCACCCAAGAAGAUUGUACAAAAAAACAAAACCGCAUUUACAUUACACAUGACUUUUUCAAAAAUGUAGCCUCUAUAAAUAUUAUGGAAAUAAUUUUUUAAAUUAUAAUUAUAACACCCUAACAACAAUCAAAUAUUUAUACGUUUAUAAGUACAAAAAUGUAUUUAUAAGUCAAAA